AAACUCGGCAAAAGCUUAAUGUCGUCAGAAUCGGCACUACUACUAAACUCGGCGACGAUGCUAAUCUCACCACCGACUUUAGUUGUUAUUCAAUGAUUCAUAUACGCAAUUCCCACUCCCUAAGCGCGCGAAAUGAACCCCAACCACCACCUCGUCCUCCAAACCCUCUCCUUGCUACAGCAAUGCAAAACCCUAGACCACCUCAAGCGAGCCCACGCCCACGCCCUCAAAUCCGGCGCCGCCGCCGACCCCAUCGUCGCCGGCGAGCUCCUCCUCCGCUCGCUCCCCGCCUUCCGCCGCAUGCGCCGCCGCUCCCUCCCCCCCGACAGCUUCACCUUCGCCUUCCUCUCGAAGGCCGCGGCCAACGCCCGCUCCCUCUCCGUCGGCUCCCAGGUGCACUCCCUCGCCCUCCGCCACGGCCUCGACCGCCACCUCUUCGUCGCCACCACCAUCGUCAGCAUGUACGCCGAGUGCGGCCGCCUUGGCCGCGCGCUCAAGGUGUUCGAGGAAAUGCCUCACCGGAACGUCGUCGCGUGGAACGCGGCCGUCACGGCUUGUUUCCGCGCGGGCGACGUGCGGCUCGCGCGGAAGCUGUUCGGCGAAAUGCCGUGGAGGAACUCCACUUCGUGGAACGUGAUGCUCGCGGGGCAUAUGAAGGCGGGGGAGGUGGAUUUCGCGAGGAGAUUGUUUUCUUCCGCUCCGCACAAGGAUGCGGUCUCCUGGAGCACCAUGAUUGCCGGGUUCGCCGCGCACGGUGCUUUUGACGAUGCGAUAGGCUUCUUCAAAGAGUUGCUGAGGGAGGGGUGUAGGCCGAACGAAGUUAGCUUGACGGGGAUUCUCUCCGCAUGCGCGCAAGCUGGGGCCUUCGAAACGGGCAAAACGCUGCACGGGCACGCGGAGAAAACAGGUUUCAACAGUAUUAUCGCAGUUUCGAAUGUGCUUCUAGAUAUGUACGCAAGGUGCGGGAGCGUCGACUUGGCCCGCCAGGUGUUCGAUUGGGAGAUGGGCAAGAAGAGCGUCAUCUCGUGGACGUCCAUGAUUGCCGCGCUCGCGAUGCAUGGCCAUGGAAAAAAAGCCAUCGAGCUUUUCGAUGAAAUGGAACAAAAUGGAACGACCCCGGACGGAGUGACGUUCAUCUCGGUCCUUUACGCAUGUAGCCACGCAGGUCUAGUACAACAGGGGCACGAAAUUUUUCAUAGUAUGGCAGAUAAUUAUGGACUCGAGCAUUCGAUUGAACACUACGGGUGCAUGGUCGACCUAUAUGGCCGUGCCGGGCUUUUGGACAAGGCGUAUGAGUUCGUAAUGCGAAUGCCGAUGAAACCCAAUGCGGUGAUUUGGCGAACAUUGCUCGGGGCUUGUAGUAUCCACGGAAAUGUUUGUUUAGCGGAGCAUGCUACGAAGCAGCUCUCUGCGCUCGACCCAAAUGAGUCGAGCGACUAUGUAUUGCUUUCGAACAUAUACGCGGUUGCCGGGAAGUGGAAGGAUGUUGCGACCGUAAGGAGAUCGAUGAGUGCUCAAAGGAUCAACAAAGAUCCCGGAUGGAGCUCGAUCGAAGUAGAUAAGGUUUUGUACACCUUUGUGGCGAAUGAGGAGCUGGAUGGCGAGAAAAGGGAGGCUGAGAAGAAGCUCGCGGAGGUGAUGGCGAGGAUAAGGAUGGAAGGUUAUGUUCCGGAGGUCGCGGGGGUUUUGCAUGAUAUAGAAGAGGAGGAGAAGAAGGAGGCAGUGUGGCGGCACAGCGAGAAGCUCGCGGUGGCGUUCGGCAUGGCGAGGACGAAAGGGGCGGAAGGGGUGAUAAAGAUUGUGAAGAACUUGAGGGUUUGUCGCGAUUGUCAUACGGUGAUGAAGAUGAUUUCGAAGGUGUACAAGAGAGAGAUUGUGGUGAGGGAUCGCAGUCGAUUCCAUACGUUCCGAGAGGGUUCGUGUUCUUGCAGAGAUUACUGGUGAGAAGAAAUGCUUCUGCUAAAAUCUCGACAUGAGCUUCUCGCAGAGCAUGAAAGUCAGUGCUUUUGGCAACGCAAUCUCAAACUAAGCCUUAAAAAUUAUUAUCUGGACAUCGCAAUCCCAAACUACGUCGCGAAGCUGCACAGAAAGAUGAUGGGCUGAUUUUGUUAGUGGGCUUUUACGACAGAUAACGGGCCCGUACUUUUCGGGUGGCUGCCAUUUGAUGGGCCAUUGAGAUUGUGGCCCCUUCUUCACCGCCGUCCCAUACGGAAAGCGACACGCGUCCAUCUAAUCCAAAUUUUCUGCAUAGAAUUUGUACUUGAUUAAUCUCAUCAAAUCGUAUAAGAUGCAAAAGAUAUUAUACGGGUAAUAUGAUAAUUUUAUGUUAAAAUAA